AUGACUGCGUGGGUGAUUCUCGUCGGAAUCCUUUUGCGCUUAUAUUUCAUAUAUUGUUGCCGAAUCUCUCGCUGGCGUGACUCGAACACCCACGUGGGCGGUCCACGCUCGGAAUCGAAAGUUGGAACAGAAAAGUUCAAGAAGUCCAACACACUCCGUUGUCGAGCGCUGGCAAAUCAAAGGUUGUGUGCUGUGUUUGGCAUCAGCAACGCUUUCACAAAUGACAACCAUGGCGAAGUGGAGCGCUUUAUCCGGAACACAAGGAACCUUCUCAGGCUGAGCUCAGGGGACUGGGAGCAACUCUCAUAUGUGACCUGUGUUUCUGCACGGCGCACGUUAAACGUGAAUGCAUCCUCCCCAUCAGGAGUUCCCUUGGUCAACCUUGUCCAGAUCCUGACACUGAGAGUCGUACUCCUCGUGUUAUUCGCGAUGGAAGACGAGGCCAUCGAUACACCCGAUGAUAGCCUCGUGACGUUAGCCAGCGAAAUCAAUAAAGCAUGGAUGCAAUCCAAAGACCCCUCGGAGGUGCGGCCGUUUGAGGAGAACAUUUCCCUCCAGAAGUCGAUCACAGCGAUCUUCCCCAAGGCAGACCGUCUGCACGGUGCUGAAAACCCUCUCAACCUGAUCCUCCCCGGGUUUGAAACCAUGUGGAGGAUCUCCCUACGGGUCUUUCUCGAGGUUGGAUUCAAAACGGGUCUUCGCAAUCCGCACUGGCGGGAAAUGCUGGCUGCCUUUACGCGUCAGCCAACCAAGUCGGAAUUCGAGCGGAGGAGCCACCGCGGUGUUUCGGCCGGCAUGCUGAUCCACGAGGCAUUGCGUUUAUAUCCACCGACCAGGAGGAUCUACCGUGCGGCUGACAGUGCCGAAAGCAGCAGCAACAAAGGGAUGUUUGCCUUUGACGUGGAAGCCUCCCACCAUGCAACCUCUGCGUGGGGCCCAACUGCGACAGAAUUCAAACCGGAAAGAUGGACGGGACUGACACUUCGACAACGAUACGCCUUUCGCCCAUUUGGAGAGCCUUGUUUGUGGAGCUUGGGGAUCAGUGGAGGCUUGCUCCAGAGGGGGAUGGCAUCUUAG